UACAAUUCUCAUGCUUUACCUAUGGAUCUCAGUAGUUUAUUAAAUCAAGGUGGUUCAGGCUUAUCUACCGAAGAUUUGAUUGCACUUCAGUAUUGUGACAGUAGCGAAAAACUCAACAAGAUUAACAAUGCUGCCUUCAGAUAUCCUUCCAACACGAGCGAAACAUAUCAUUUCUUUGAUAUAUUUGUUCAACUAGUAUUAUCUAUUCAUGAUGCAGACGAUGAAUUCGGUGUACAGUAUACCAAUACAGUCAUCAUUGGUGCUUUACGAUCUUGUAUUAGUGGAUUAUUACAACAAGAAGGUUUCAACUGGUUACUUGAUUAUCCUUAUCAUCUCUCUAUCAACACUUGGAACUUGUUACAUUCGACUUCUGUUACAACAUUUCUAAUUUAUCUCUAUGGACUUUCUUUGGGCUUAAAGAAACAACAUACAGUAUCUGUCUCCACUUGGGCAUCAUCUAUUUUACAGUUUUUACGCGUCAAACUACCUCUUAUAACCUGUCAUAUUUGGCUCAAUUUUUGUCACUUGGAAGAACAACAACAAGACACCGAUAUCAAAACUACUUUUCUCUUCACUAUGGAAUCAACAUUUUGGGAACAAUUGACAGAUGUCUUGGUGUUGUUGGAAAAUGGAAAUGCUUUGGAAUUGACGGAAAAAUUAGAAAACCAAUUGGGUGGCACAUUGUUACGGAAACACUUCACCAAAAAUGAAAUGACUCUAGCUUUAAUAUCACUUGAAAAUAUGAUCAGAUCUCAACAGGCACGUUAUCCUCGAUUGACUCAUUUAUUGAACCUUUUUGUUUAUCGGCACGCAUACAAAGGGAUAUCAAAUCAACGCCAAUCGAAAAAAUCAAAGAAACAAAUGAAGAACAAACAGCAACCGAAGAAGGAGAUAUCUCUUGAUAUAAAUGUCAAUCCUUUGGCUAGAAAUAUGUUAUGUGAUAUAUCUUUGGAUCAUGGAACUCGAUCUCUCAUAUUACAACAAAGGACACAAGGAUGGGUACAACAGAUGGGCAUUCUUUCUCCAGCAGAUUUCGAUAUGUAUCUACAGAACCUUAUACACGAUCAUUACCCUUCAGAAAAGAAGUUUGUUUUGGAUAUGGUAUUAGUGGAUUGGGCUGCUCGUGAUAUCUUUGGGUGCCAUAUGGAACUCAUUAUUAAUACUCUCAUCAAUUUACUUGGAUCGACAACUUAUAACAUGCGACUUGCACCAUAUUACGCUUGGAUUCAAGCUUUCAACUUGACCUACGAUGAUACUAUCUCACCAGCAACUACUGCAUACAAUAUCAAGACAGGGGCAGAAAUCAAUAUUUCUCAAUUUAAUACCAAACACGAUAUGAUACUAGUGAAUGGAUUGAGUAAAAUAUUACAACGAAUGACACUUCAAUCAUCACCAUCGACAAAGACUUGGACUAUGGAUUGUUUACGUGUGGCAUCACCGGCAAUAGUUGAACGAUAUGUGCACUGGCUUACUCAACAGUUAAACCAAGAAUUUGAAAACAAGGAAGGGAACAAUAUAGGUCAGGAAUCGUCAUUCAGCUCACAUCUACAAUCAGCGUUGAUCAAUCGAAAUACAUUGUCUUAUGCUUCUGUAGUUGUACCAACUUUACUUCGCGAAUCAUCCGAUGACACUUUGGCCUGGUUGGUUCAGAAAAAGACACAACGUGUAGUAUCUACAGCAGCAGGAGCUGGAAGGAUUUUAUUGGAAUAUUUUGGCGAGGGAACUCAUUUAUCAAGUCAAUUUUUGGUGGUCGACUUGCUACGAUGUAAAACGAAAAAUUAUAUGGACACACUCUUUGAUUAUUUAUGCGACAACAUGAAAGAUACCAAUUCUGAUUCAAAAGUCUCCCGAUCUUGGUUUUAUCGUCAUUUUUUGGAAACAUUAUUAUCAGAGGCUGCGAACGAUUUGAUGAAGAACGGACAACAACAACAACAACAAACAGCAUCACCAAAUGUAGCAUCGCAAUUAUAUCAUCAAUUACUGGAAUCACCAGCUCACUUUGAAUGGUUUUAUACAAUACCUUGUACAACCGAACCAUUGGAUAUAAUAGGUCUUGCAUCUUCUUAUAUAUGGACCACCGACUAUCAUCUAUUACUAUCUGUCAGAGAUUCUGGUAUGGCAUCUUUACUACAAUGUAUGACACGACUAAGUGGAUCUGAACAACAGCAUCUGAUAAUAGCAUGGAGGAAUUUAUGGACAACAUCAACUACUACGACUUUAGGAAUGAACUUGAACAAAGAACGACGACAGCUGGCUGUGCCGAUUCGAUGGAUUUUACAGUGUGUUGGACUCUAUGAUCAAGCUCCCCCACUUGCAAAACAAAUGAUGGAGGAAUUCUUGAAGAUUGGGAUUCAAACGCGGAUACAUGGUCAUGAAAUCAUAGUAGAUACAGUUGGUCAGUCAGAAACAUUUACAGAACAAGUGAUGGACCUCUUGAUGAUAUCAGAUGCACCAGAAAUCGACGGAUUAUUUGAUUUAUACCUACAACUUUGUCAAGACGUUCAAGGGACCAACGAUAUUGAUCAGGAAGACAUGGUACAAACAAUGGUGAACACACUGAUCUCUUUAUCUGAAGAACUCAAGUUACAAUAUGAAUAUAUUGGAAUGGAUAGUGGAUACCUGACUGGUGUAAAAGAUAUGGAUACUCAUAUGACUUCUGGAGGAGAAAGUAGUGGCUUGACGGAUAGUGAUACUGGAUAUAAUAGCAAGACUGGUACAGAGGUAGUACUUGGGGUGGUCAAAUCUCGCAAACUUCGACAAUCACUUUUACAAGAAGAGGAACAACAACAAAAACAAGGCAAGAAAUUCAAGCGACAAGUAAUAUCUCGCAAGAAAAGGCAAAAAUUGAGACAAAGGUUGAAACAAAGACUGGAACAAAAUGAAAAGAAAUCGACGGAACAAGCAAAGAAUGUGAUGUUGAUCUUGGUGCAACGAUUAUUAAACUUUUUACUUGUUGUAUUAUCAGAAUCUGAUGGAAAUAGUUUAUGUCCAAAGGCAAGAUUAUCGAUCCGAGACAAACUUGUACGAAAUCUGUUAUUAUAUGAACCUUUGAUGACCCUCACACAUCUGACUGAAUUACCGGCUGAUAUUUUGGAUGAUGUACAAUUAGUGAUAGAUAUUAGUUUAAAUUACCUUCAAAAGAGUAAUGAUGAUGAUGAAAUUUAUAUUAUUGUACAGCGCAUGAUUGGAUUAGAUUAAACUUUUUAUAUUACCUUAAUAAAAUUGAUUCAAUACAUUUA